GAGACCAAUAACUAUUACUCCAGUAUGUAGAUGACAUUUUGAUUGCAACAGAGGAAGAAAUGACCUGCAUAAAGGUAACCAUUGAGAUCUUAAAUUCAUUAGGAAUGGGAGGGUAUAAGGUAUCCAGAGAAAAGGCACAGAUUGCCCAACAGACUGUGAUUUACCUGGGAUGUGAAAUCUCUCAAGGGCAGAGAAAACUGGAUACUAAUCGUAUUCAAGCUAUCUGUGCUAUUCCAGAGCCCCAGAAUCUACACGAGCUGCGGAUCUUCCGCGGAAUGACUGGGUGGUGUCGCCUGUGGAUCAUGGACUAUGAACUGAUUGCAAAACCCUUGUAUGAGGCUCAGAAGAGGCAGCUGUUCACCUGGGGCAAACCACAGAAAGAGGCCUUCCAGAAGUUAAAGGAAGCACUGACAACUGCUCCUGCUUUGGGGUUACCUGAUCUGUCUAAAGACUUUCAGCUGUACGUGCAUGAAAGGCACCAACUGGCACUGGGAGUCCUGACCCAACGACUGGGAAGCUGGAAAAGGCCGGUGGGUUACUUUUCCAAACAACUCGACAACGUAAGUGCAGGAUGGCCUUCAUGUCUGUGGGCAGUGGCAGCUACCGUGCUGCUGAUACAGGAAGCCAGGAAGCUCACGAUGGGAAGACACAUAGAUGUCUAUGUGCCACACAUGGUAACUACGGUCCUGGAACAAAAGGGGGGCCAUUGGCUCUCUCCAAGCCGGAUGAUGAAAUUUCAGGUAACCCUGACUGAGCAGAAUGACGUUGCACUAAAUACAACUAACCUCUUGAAUCCAGCUCUAUUUCUAGGUACCACAGCUGAGGAAGGUCCAUUAGAGCAUGACUGUCUAGAAGUAAUCGAGCACCCCUAUUCAGCAAGAACAGAUUUGAAGGACGUCCCCCUAGAGCAACCAGAGUGGGAACUCUUUACAGAUGGAAGCAGCUUCAUGGAAAAUGGAACCAGAUACGCGGGAUAUGCGGUAACUACAAUUGAUGUAGUAAUAGAGGCAAAAGCACUACCACCUAAUACAUCUGCAAAAAGGGCAGAACUAAUCGCAUUAACCAGAGCACUAGAGCUGAGUGAGGGGAAGACAGUAAAUAUACGGACUGACUCCAAAUAUGCCUUUGGAGCAGUGCAUGUACAUGGAGCUUUAUGGAAAGAAAGAGGACUGCUGUCCUCCCAAGGUACAAAUAUUAAACAUCAAGAUGCAGUCCUACAACUGAUAGAUGCAGUACAAAAACCUGAACAAGUAGCAAUUAUGCACGUCAAAACACAUCAAUCAGGCAACUCCAAAAUUUGUGAAGGAAAUCGAAGAGCAGAUUGGGCAGCCCCUCAGGUGCAGAAAACAAUGGCAUUGAUACCAUCAAGACUUAAUAUCUCUCAAUUUAAUUUGCCUCCUAAGCCAAAAUAUACAAUAGAAGACGACAAACUAGCACAACUGCUGAAGGCACAGAAGAACGCAGAAGGGUGGUAUGUAACUGCACAAGGGCAAAUAGUGGUACCUCCUUUGGUAAUGAGAGAAAUUUUACAGGUAAAACAUAAUGAGUGUCACUGGGGUGCAGAGGCGUUGGUAAAGUGGUUGAGACAAUACCUAAUCUCAGUACGGAUGCAAACAAUGGCCAAGUCAGUAAUGUCUAAAUGUGAAAUCUGCCUGAAAAACAACCCGGUAGCUAGACGACAGUCACAGUUAGGCAGAAUUCGGAUAGGAAUAGAACCAGGAGACUAUUGGCAAGUGGAUUUUGCAGAAUUGCCAAGAACUCGGGGAUACAAAUACCUGUUAGUAGGGGUUGACACGUUUUCUGGAUGGCCAGAAGCUCUUCCCUGUCGCACAAACCAAGCAAAGGAAACAGUUAAGUGGUUAUUACAGGAGAUCAUUCCCAGGUUUGGGGUGCCCCUAGGGAUAUCAUCAGACAGAGGCCCACACUUCAUAGCCACCGUGGUACAAGGGGUAAGCAAGUUACUGGGAAUAUCUUGGGACCUCCACACACCAUGGAGACCCCAGUCAAGUGGGCAAGUAGAGAGAAUUAACCAGACACUGAAGGGGCAGAUCAGUAACAUAUGCCAGGAAGCCAAACUGCAGUGGCCACAGGCUUUACCAAUAGCAUUGCGGAGAAUUCAGAUAAAGCCUAGGAGUGGGAUGUCAGUUAGUCCUUAUGAGAUAUUGUAUGGGAAACCAUAUGAAUCUCCUAACCCAAAUCCAAAUGUUCAUGUCACAGGGAAACAAGAUGUGUAUAAUUAUGUUCUGUCCCUUGGGAAAACUCUAGCUCGCCUUCGAAGUGUUCUCGUGUGGAACAGACCACUGGCCCUGGAGAAUCCAGUCCACAAUAUCAAACCAGGAGAUGAAGUAUACAUCAAAACCUGGAAUGAAGAACCACUAAAAGAGAAGUGGACUGGUCUCCAUCAGUAAUUUGGUUAGUUUACAGAAUCCUGAAGAGAGAGAUACAGAAAAAGGCAUCUUGGAACAGGACCGUAAUGAAGGCAUUGGCAUGGAAUCCAUAUCCAGCGCCUUCGAUCCGCAACAACAUCCUGGACAAAGCCCAUGACAACAGAGGAUUUGAAGAUGAACAUCCACUAUAAACUCUGAAGCCAAAUGGACUGUAUUAAGUGAAAGCAUUUACACUUAGUAUAUUAGAGUGAAAAUACUUUCAAAGGGGGGAAUGAUAGUGGAGGGUUUAAAAUUGUAUAAGUUAACCGCGGGUAGUUGAGGGGGGGAAGGUAGAAGACGCACAAUCUGAAUUUGACGUAGCCUGGCUUUGGAACAAACAUCAGCUUGUGCAACUAGCUUCAUACUAUUGUUUUAAGUAUGACUCCAGCCCAGGAGAUAAUUGAGAAGCAUUGUUUUAACCAAAUCAAGUAGAACCCAGGGUGAAGCGUAGGUAUGAUUUAAGAUAGUAACUAAGAAAUAGGAUAACCAGUAUCUAGGGGUGGAGGUUAGUUAACAUAUGUAUAAUUUGAAACUAUAAAAAUCACAAAUCGACUCUGUAUUCUUGGGCACAAGAUUUGGGCAUCGCAUGCCCCUGUGUCCCGCGCGCUCAAAUAAAGAACCGCAUAU